AUGUCUUCAAGCCCGGAAGACGGGAAGUCGAGGCAUAAGAAUGGCCCCAGUUCCAUCAAGAACGACUCUUGCUUCGUCAUCCAAGAAUUCCCCCAAAGCCUUCAGUGGAAGCAGUAUUGGUUACAAGCGAUCACAGCUACAUUUACGACAGCUAACCGCGAGUAUACGCCACAGUCUCAGGCAAUACUGCGUCCUGAUUCCUGCAAUAUGGCUCCCUCCGAAGACUCUAAUGGCAAGCCGAGCUCCAAGACCGCGUACCAUGCAUGUCUCUACUGCAAGACCGACGAUCGUGGUUCCAAGAAGAAAGGUACAGGCUCGAAACAUAGCACCUUUUGCCCUGAACGCCAGAAGAGACCGGUGACCGCCGCAGGUGCUUACAAUUGGCAGGAUGGAGACAUCAAGGAUCGCAUGGAUAACUACUUGGUUCGACUCGAAAAGUACAAGUCUCGUUGGGAGCACGAGAUAAGUUCUUCAAUAUCUGGGAAAGACUCAUUCGGUAAUGGGUAUACUUGCUGUCCUAAUUAA